AUGAGACAGCUCCUCGACCUGGAUUCCGUAAGAACUGGCGCCCCGAGUCCAGUGCCGACUCCUAGUGGCACACUUCCGCGAGGUCAAAGACAACUUGACAUCAACCCCGCUGAAUUCCUAAAAUACAAGCUCGACAAGCCCGCUGGAUUAGUAGGAGGGACCUCGAUAACAGGUUUAUCUCAACUAGCAGCAGGUCCCGGAGGAAUGCCUUCCGAUGAACCUAUCAGCGGUAUGCUCUGGGUUCAUUUACUUGCUGGCAGAGGUUUAAGACCCUCUACUGGAACGUCAGCUGCAACUACUCCCGUUACUCCUAGUGGAGGAGCACCAGCAGCUAUCACAGGUCCAACAGCCGUACGUGAUCUUUACUGCGUCCUAGAAUGUGAUCGUGUACAUAAAGCUAGAACAGUGGUAAGAACAGGAGACCUAGUUUUCGACUGGGACGAGAGCUUCGAGCUUGACUUAGUUAACAAUAGAGAGCUGGAUUUGUUGAUUUACUCUUGGGAUCCUCAAUACAGGCACAAGUUGUGCUACAAAGGUUCCGUUUAUUUGCCCACUCUGCUCAAGUCCGGUCCUAUACACCAGUUAGCACUUAAAAUUGAACCGAGAGGUUAG